AUGGCGUUGAUCAAGGCUUUGACGGCAGCCAUGCGACAGGGACGUGCGAGCUCACGUGCCACAGUGGCUCGGGUCGGCUCACUGGUGCGGUUGCGCGGGUUGAGCAGUGGUGUGGCAACCAUGUCGGGGCGAUUGGCAACAGACUCGACGGAGACGCUGGGUGCCUCAAACCCUCGCGCUUGGGGGAGCGAGUUGACGCAAGACCCGUCCAGCCUCCAGUACUAUGCCAGCGACAAGGUCGAGGCUGAGCUGUACGCGUGGUGUGAGAAGGCUUUGGAGCAGAGCACCAACCCGGACCAUGUGGCAUGCGAUCGAGCAGACCUUCCUUUCACCUGUGAGAUGGUCGAGCACCUCGAGCAGGCCUAUCUCAUGGACGGCCCCGGACUCGCCCUCCUCCAGCCGAUGCCCUCGCUGGCGAAGAAUAUUCAUGCGAUGCGCUUCGCCGCCCUCGCCAUGAGCAGCUGCCUGGGUACCCCCCUGGUGCAAAACGCCGCCGGUGACAAGUCCAUUCUCGUCUUUGAUCGCGAUGCCGGCCGCAAGAUGGUGGACGGCCAGCGUUAUCAUCAGUCACAUGAGGGUGGAUCCAUGCACACGGACAACGUCAACGUGCCCGAGACCUGGGAAUACAUGCUCUUGACCUGUCUCCAGCCAGCUGCUGAGGGCGGCGAGAGCAUCUUGCUGUCCAGCAGCACCGUCGAGGCUUACCUGGCCAAGCACGAUCCCGAGGCACUGGAGACGCUGAAGGAGGAUUUUCUCUGGGAGCUGCGUGGUUUCUCGGAGCGGUUUUACCGAGCACCCAUCCUUUUUCAUGGCACGGAUGGGUACCCCUGCUUCCGCUGGCUUCGAGAGUACCUUGAAUCGGCCCACGCGCGUGCUGGUGAGCCGCUGACCGAUCGUCAAAUCUCAGCUCUGAACGCCUUGACCAAUGCCACCCUCGAAGAGUCACUGCAGCUGCGCUACAACAUGGCCAAGGGCGAGAUUCUCUUUGCCAACGACAUGUCCCUUCUGCACGGGCGCACCACCUUUUACGACCGUCAGCAAGCCUCUACUGAGUACGACUUUGGCACGCAGGCCAACCGCCUCUUGCAGCGCAACUGGGUCAAGACCAAAACAAGCCAGUAUGCCAACGUGAACGUGUCUCGCUACGCAUACUAUGACCUGGCCGAAUAG